AAAGCAUUUCACGUCGACGACAAGUAUAACGAAAAUAUGGCCGAACGUUUGCGCUACCUCGGCUCGCUGCCCGGACAUAAGGGAUGGGUAACUGCGAUUGCGACGUCGUCUGAAAUCCCGGACAUGCUUCUCACUGCGUCACGGGACAAAACAAUCAUCGUCUGGCAACUCACCCGCAAUGAAGAGUCUUAUGGCUACCCAAAACGCGUUCUUACCGGCCAUAACCACUUUGUAUCUGACAUAGUCAUAUCUUCCGAUGGUCAAUUUGCUCUUUCCUCUUCAUGGGACCAUACGCUUCGUCUUUGGGACCUUAACACCGGUUCAACAACUCGCCGUUUCGUUGGCCAUACAUCCGAUGUCCUUUCCGUCAGCUUUUCGGCCGACAACAGACAAAUUGUGUCUGGCUCGCGCGACCGAACUAUCAAGGUCUGGAAUACGCUGGGCGAGUGCAAGUUUGAUAUUAAGGACGAUGGUCAUACAGAGUGGGUUUCUUGCGUUCGCUUCAGUCCGAAUCCAACAAAUCCUGUAAUUGUCUCUUGUGGUUGGGAUAAAGUAGUUAAGGUCUGGGAGCUGACGAAGUUCAGGCUACGGACAAAUCAUUAUGGUCACACUGGCUACAUCAAUACUAUUUCUGUUUCUCCGGAUGGUUCUCUGGCUGCGUCUGGCGGCAAGGAUGGCAUUACUAUGCUCUGGGACCUUAACGAUGGCAAGCAUCUGUACUCGCUUGAGGCCGGUGAUAUUGUCAAUGCCCUUGUCUUCUCACCGAAUCGUUACUGGUUAUGCGCUGCAACUGCUAGUUGCGUGAAGAUCUUUGACUUGGAGAGCAAGUCAAUUGUCGACGAACUUAAGCCUGAAGCCGAGACUGGCUCUAGCGGCUCGUCACCAGAAUGUGUCUCUCUCGCCUGGUCGGCCGAUGGGCAGACUCUUUACGGCGGUUUCACCGACGACCUUGUCCGCGUUUGGACUGUCGUCUCCUAAAAUCUUCAGGGUUAUGUGCCCGAUCAUUCGCAGUGGAGAUGUGGUUGCCCUUUCUGUAUGCUGUAGAUGGUCUAGGAAAUGUAUUCUAGCAUCACUCGACGCUGAUGCGAUGUGCAGUCAAUGCAAUCGGCUUUGCUUCUCAAUGAUUGCAUCGAUUCUUAUCGCACCGAAUGUUAUUUCAAACUUCAAAAGAAUCCGAAGGACUUAAGAACGAAUAGAAUUCGGCGCAUUCAAUUUUGACGCCGCUCG